AUUUGAAAAAUUUAUCUAGGACAUCGAGUUAAACGAUCGAUUGAUUAUAUUAAAACAUAGCGAUAUAUCUAUAUGAUUGUAGUAAAACCUUAUACAACAUGUAGAAUCCAAAGUCCUUGUCAUUUCUUUUAGAGAAAAUUCAUGGCGCUCGCACACUAAAUUCUACAAAGCUUUGAUAUUAUUGAAUAUCUAAGGGUGCAUUUUGAUAAAUUUAUCAAAUGAUGGGUUGCAUUUGAAAUAAGCAACGGAAAAAGACAUUUAAGUAAAUUACCCUCCUCUUUUAUUUCGUAUUUGUUUGUCAAUCCGCAACGGCUACAUUUCCAACGGUCGAUUCUCCCACGCUUCCUUCCUCGCGGCUCCUCCUCGUCCUCCUUCCUCGUGAUCUUCUUCUUCUUCGAUUCCUUCGGCCGCAGCACAUUACGCUGCAUAAGAUUCGAAGGAGGAGUUGAUGAUGCACGAGGCCUGGAAUGCCAACGCCCUCACCUGCAACCGGUCGGCGUCGAAGUCCGCACCUUGCUCCCCCAUCAAGCCCAUUCCGGGACCAAUCGCUCGCUCCGUUCCCUUCCAUGUCGCCCACAAGGUCCCCGUCGGCGGCACCCCCUACGUCAGCUCGAAACGGGUCCAGUGAUCCAUUGCGCCUCCUCCCUUCUCGAUCGAUCGAUCGGCCGCCAUCAACGCCGGCGACCGCGUUGACAGCGCUCUCAAGGACAUGUCCAUCGUAAUGAAGCAACAAAACCGAUCAGUCGCUCCGGCGGCUGUGAUCCGACCAGGCGCAGGAGUCGCUGUACCACAUACUGUUGGACUUGUACAAGAGGUGCGGGAGAUUGGACGAUUAAAUCGCGCCCCUGAUUCUCCUGAAGCACAGGCUUCAACUGAUCCAGAAGGAGCUCGCCUUCAACAGAAGCGAACCAAGAUGGCGCGAUCGAAGGGGAGGAAGUUCCAGGUGACGCUGGAGCAGGAAGCCACCAGACUCCUGGGGAACUUGGGAUGGGCGCUGAUGCAGAAGGAGAAGUACGCGGAGGCGGCCUACCGGCGCGCCAUUCAGAUCGGCGCCAAUCGCAAUAAGAUGUGCAACCUCGGCAUCUGCCUGACGAAGCAGGAGCGUAUCGCGGAGGCCAAGGACACGCUGAAGCGCGCGCGACAGGUGGCGGCAGACGUGGACAGCCUGCGCAGCGUGGAUGCGCUCCUCAAGGCCUUCGAGAGAGCACAGGAGAUGCUUCGGGAUCUCGAAUUGAAGCUCUAGUGCCGCACCGCCGGCGGCAGCGCCGACCAGAGUUGGGUCUUUGUUCGUCGGUUCCGCCUCUCGAUAUGGCAGCCCCAACCUUGCGUCGACUACCUGACAAUGCCACCUCUUUCUCCAUCUCCGGACGAUAAACCUCUUAGCCGACGAGAACGUCACUACCCUGAAUACAUCAAUAAUAAAACUGAAGGAUUCAUUUACAGUAGAA